CCCAUGAGGUUUAUUGCGGUUUUACAGUCUGUAACAUUUUUUCUCAAUGUUAUUUUCACGUACACGGAGACAGGACUUACCACGAUUUGUUGCAAAAGGAACUGUAAUUGUGUUUUUGUGAGCAAGUAGGCGGGACGAAUAUGCUAUUCUGCUGCGCUAUCAGUCUCCCGCCGCCUAAAAGCUUUGAGUCGCCAGCUUAUGGUGCAACUGAGAUCAUGAGUGAAAAAAUGGAAGCUGUCGAGAAAGAGGAUGUUCCUUUGGAUGAAAAUUCAAUAAAAGAAGAAAAGGAGGAGAAGAGGAAGAAAAAGAAGAGGAGUCCAUCGGAUGAUACAGAGCAGGAUAAAUCAGAAAGCCCUAAACCUAAAAGCAGGUCUAAACCCAAAUUGUUCGAACCUGAAAUUCUCGAAGGAAAACGGGAGAAAAAAAUAAUCCAGAGACUUGAUUUGAUGAGUAAACCGAAGGAAAAGCCAAAGAUUGAGAGCACAGGAAGCGGCGCCAAACUGGGAGACAUUGCACGGAUUAAUCACUCCAUCGGAAAACUUAAAGCGCCUCUGCUCAAACCUCUGCAUAAGAUUGUAUACGAUCGCCCGGGAACUGCAUCAACACUGCGUAAAAAUCUUCGGCUGUUUAAUGGAUUUCCUUUUGGGGAGGACAGUGACCUUUACAGCAAAAAAAUGGAGAAGGUGAAAAGGCUUCACAAGGAACAACUCAGAACCAUUUGUCAGACUCUUGAUCUGGAGAGGUCCGGAACGCAAAUUAUUCUUUCAGAGAGGAUCAUGAAAUUUCUUACGUGUCCAACCAACUCAGGAAAGCCUGUCCUAAAGAAGAAAAAGAAGACGACCAAAGAUGCCAAAAGAGAAAAGUCUUCAUCUAAAAGUAAAAAGACACAGAAAAAAGUAGAAAGCGGGAAGUCCAAACCCAUUGUCACUGAUUCCAGUAGUGAUGAUGAUGAUGACGACGAUGACGACGAGGGUAAAGAGAACAGUAAGGACACUGUGAAGUCUGCAACAGCAAAUCAAGAAAAUAAAGACAGUGAAGAUAAAUUUUCUGAUAAAGAGGAAGAGGAAGAUGAUGAUGAUGAUGAUGCUCCUGAAGAGGACAGCAAGGAGGAAGAACAGAAAUCUCCUCCUCAGAAGAAAUCUUCAACCACAAAGUCUACAAAGAAAUCUGAAAAGUCAGAACAGACUGCAUCAGAUGAAUGUGACCAAGACGUUCAUGAAAACAAGAAUGCAAAACAGACAAAAAAGAAACCUGCAACAAAGAGGAAAGCUCCAGCAAAGCCUGUCCCAAAAACCAAGAAGGCUGACAGCAGCAGCAACCGAAGGAAAAAGCAAGCAAGCAAGAGCAAGGAUGAAAGUGAAAGCUCUGAUGAUGAUCAGCCAUUGAUCAAGAUGGUUAAAAAACCACCAACUGAAGAACAGUUGAAGGAGGCAAUCAAGGAUCUCUUGAAAAAUGCCAAUUUAGAGGAAGUUACAAUGAAGCAGAUUACCCGACAAGUUUAUGACAAGUAUCCUGACUUUGAUCUGAGCAGCAGAAAGGAAUUCAUCCGGGAGACAGUUAAAGGUUUGAUAUCCUGAAGGGAAGAAAAUGCCUUAUUUAAAAGGACAGCGAGGAUGAAGAUCGUGUAGAAAACUCGGUUUUCAUUACACUGUUCAUUAUUGUGUAGUUUUUAUUUUAAUUUUAUAUAAGGUUUCUCAACUCUCCAGCAAAUUCUGCUUUUUUGUAUUUUAAAAAAGUAUUUUCUAAAGUUAAAAUGUUUUCAUUUGACAGUGAAUGACGUGGGUGGUUUUGGUUGUUGAAAAAUGCCACAUUUUUAAAGUGACCCUUUUUGUCCUUAUUUUUAAUGGCACAUAGCCAUACACAGUCACUAUAUUGCAUUUUGACAGUCAUAUUUGAAUGUCUUGGCUGUGUCAGUAAGCCCACAAGUUGUCAUGGCCUGCAGCUGCAUUACCGUUGACAUGUUGUUGCCAUGAUACUGUAUGCAAUAUUUAGGAAGAUUUCAUUGUUUGAUUGGUCUCACCUGUUAUUAGUGCUGAGUUUCAUUUCUUAGGUCCUAAAUGCUGAGUGCAAAAAAAACUUAUUUAGAAAUUAAUUGUUUGGUUUGUUAUUGUAUUUCAACAUAAAAUAUUUGGCAGUGUCAGCUUCCAUUUCAGUGUUCUGCUUAACAAAGGAAUUUGGGAUUUUAAUUUUAAUUUCUAAUGUGUAAAGAGCAAAAAACAUUUUUAAUCUUUGUUUUGCUCUCAUUUCUAUAAGAUUUUUUGUAAAUAUACUUUAUAUGUGCAUUUUCUUUCUUAUAUUUUUAAUGCAAGUCAUAAGGAACAAACAUAUCUCUUAAUUUGAGAUGUUACUCAUACCUGCAGGUCAGUGUUAGAUUGGUUCUCUGAUAAGACCUGGGUUGACCUCUGUUGUAUACACUGACCUCAGUAACCAGUAUAUCAGUUAUCAUCAGUCAUAUUGCUCAAUUAUAAUGCAUCACAAAAACUUAAAAACAAAAUAGAAACAAAGAUGUGUGUUUAUUUUGAAAUAAAUUGAUUUUUCAUAGAAAAA